GAGGGCCGUCACGUGACUGCGAUCCGGCUCGGCCAAGAUGGCGGCCUCCUGCGUGGCCGUGUUGGUGAUGGCCGCAUCCCUGCUGCUGCUGCUGCUGGUCCUGUGGAAGCGCUGGCGGCGGGGGCGAGCGGAUUGGCACGUGAUCAUUGUGGUGCUGGGCGACGUGGGCCGCAGCCCCCGCAUGCAGUACCACGCACUGUCGUUUGUCAAGAGCGGCUUCUCCGUGACCCUUAUGGGCUUCUGCAACUCCAGACCCUAUGAUGAGCUCUUGCAGAACAACAGAAUUCAGAUUGUGAGUUUGACAGAACUUCCGAAACUUGCAGUUGGGCCCCACAUUUUUCAGUAUGGAGUCAAAGUUGUUUUUCAGUCAGUGUACCUGUUGUGGAAGUUGAUGUGCAGGGAGCCAGCAGCCUACAUCUUUCUCCAGAACCCCCCAGGCCUGCCUGCCAUUGCUGUGUGCUGGCUUGUGGGCUGCCUCUGUGCAAGCAAGCUCGUCAUUGACUGGCACAACUAUGGCUACUCCAUUAUGGGUUUGGUGCAUGGUUCCAGCCACCCGCUUGUUCUGCUGGCCAAGUGGUAUGAGAAGCUCUGCGGGCGCCUGUCACACCUGAACUUGUGUGUGACCAACUCGAUGCGGGAAGAUCUGGCACAGAACUGGGGCAUCAAAGCCGUGACCGUCUAUGACAAGCCAGCAUCUUUCUUUAAAGAGACGCCCUUGGGCCUGCAACACCAGCUCUUUAUGAAGCUGAGCUGCACCUACUCUGCAUUCAAGGCCUGCUCAGAACCCCUGGACCCAGACACAGAGAGGUCGGCCUUCACAGAGCGGGAUCCUCAGAGUGGGGUGGUGACACAUCUUCGUGGGCGGCCGGCCCUGUUGGUCAGCAGCACGAGCUGGACAGAAGAUGAAGACUUCUCCAUCUUGCUGGCAGCAUUAGAAAAGUUUGAACAGCUGAUCCUGGAUGGAGAGAGCCUUCCUUCUCUGGUCUGUGUGAUAACAGGCAAAGGGCCUCUGAAGGAGUAUUACAGAGGCCUCAUCGGCCAGAAGCAUUUCCAGCACAUCCAAGUCUGUACUCCGUGGCUGGAGGCUGAGGACUACCCCCUGCUUCUAGGGUCGGCAGACCUGGGUGUGUGCUUGCACAAAUCCUCCAGCGGCCUGGACCUGCCCAUGAAGGUGGUGGACAUGUUCGGGUGCUGUCUGCCCGUGUGUGCCGUGAACUUCCAGUGCUUACACGAGCUUGUGAAACAUGAUGAAAAUGGCCUGGUCUUUGAGGGCUCUGAGGAGCUGGCGGCUCAGCUGCAGAUGCUUUUCUCAGCGUUUCCUGAUCCUACUGGCAAACUAAGCCAGUUCCGGCAGAACCUCCGGGAAUCAGAGCAGCUUCGUUGGGAUGAGAGCUGGAAGCAGACGGUGCUGCCUUUGGUUAUGGACACAUGACCCUUUGGGCCAAAUACUGAGAGCUCCUGAGCGACGCCCAAUUCCUUUUAGCCUCUUCUAGCCUAUCUGGCCUUGACAAAUGCUUUAGAGCAGUGCCUCCCAGUGGACAGCAGCUGGAAUGACGGCUGUGGAAUGAAAUGUUUUUAUGACCCAGUUUGUGGCCCAAGAAACUGGUUAACCCUGGUUUCUUCCCUCAAGGCUCUCAAUCACUCCUCUCCUCCUGAUCUGAGUCUUUCUUUCCCCCCAGUAUUAUUACUUUCCUGUUGUUUGCACGUGGCAUCGUCAACAUCUCUUAGGCCUGUUAUGGUGUCUGCCUUUCCCAGCAUCUGCCCUGUUGUGUCCCUAGUAUUGUCUUUCCUGCCUUGAAGACAGGCACUGCAGUCGGCUGCCUUGUAAGAGUUUAAUAAGACGUGCCACAUGUACAGCAGGCUUGGCUUCGUGAUGGACCGUGGGUCCAGGCACCGGUGGGGGGAAACAUACUUGAUCUGUGUUUUUAUUUGCCCAAAUGAAAUGCUUGUUUCUGAGCCAAAAAUUCAUUUUUGAUUUA